AUGUCAAAAGCUCCAGAACCUCAAAAAGAUUAAAAAGUUGAACCUCCUAAAAUUGACCCAGCUGCUGAUGCUGCAAAAGCUUAGAGUUCAGGUAUCGACACAGAGAGUCUUCUUAACUUUUCUGAGUUGAAACCAGGCGAAUACUCCAUUCAUGUUUAUGUAGAAAGAACAAGAUGUUUAACUCACCCUGAUAAUGAUACUGAAUUAGUAGAUCCUAUGGUAUGCAUUUAGUCGCUCGGUAAAAAAUAAUACACAGGAGUGAAGAAAAGAGUAGGACCUAAUGAUAAAUUUUGGGGAGAGCAUUUAUACAUUGAAAAAAAUGUUGCAAAUAAAGAAGAAAUUAAAAAUGGAAAGCUUUUGAUUGAAGUGAUAGAUUAUAAUAGUGUGACCAAAAAUUGUUUAGUUGGUAAUUAUGAAAUGGAUUUGGCUUCAGUAUAUUUUGAAAAAGACCACUGCUUAUUAUAUAAAUGGCUUGCUUUGACAAAUAUCAAAAAAAAUUACUCCAAAAUUAUGGGAUAUAUCAAGUUAAGUGUAAGCGUUUUAAGAGCUGGAGAGAAAUAAGUCUUAUUACAGGAAGAACCCCCUAGAAAAGCAAAUAAAUCUGAGAAAUCAGAAAAUCAAGUUAUGCUCCCUCCUUAACUCUAGUAAAAGCCAGGUCAAAUAGUUUUCAAGCUAUUUAAAGCUGAAGCAUUAAAAAAAAUGGAUACUUUUUACUCUAUUGAUGCUUACGUAGUUUUAGAAUGUGGUGGAUUUUCUUUGAAAUCUGAUACAGUUAUGGAUAAUAAAAAUCCUACUUGGUAUAAGGAAAUGUGGGUUCCUCUAUUUUAGCCUACUGUCAAUAGAAACUUAACUUUAAAACUUUGGGAUUACGAUAGAGGUUCUGAUGAUGAAUUAGUAGGAUGCUGUAAUUUCAAUCUCAAACAAAUUAUAGAUGGUGAACUUGAAGAUCCUUUUUGGUGCAAUAUAUAUGGUAGUCCAUAUGACUGUGCUUACAAAGAUGAAAUGAAUAUCAUGAAUAAUAAUCCCGAUUUAGGUACUUACUGGUCAGGAAGAAUUCUUUGUGCUAUUAGCUACUAAGAUGCCGAAGAACCAUAGUGUGCUAUGAAGCCCUUAAGCAAGCAAGAUGUUGAUACCUACAAAGUCAAUGAUGAUAUGACCUAUGGAAUAACAGUUGAUGCUUUUUAUGGAAUAGACCUACCAGAUAAUAAAAAAUACUCUCUAACAGUAAGAUGGGCUGAUUAAUUAGUAGCGACAAAGAAAAUUGAAGCUAAAAACAAUCUGAUAGAAUGGAACGAAAGAGUGAAACUUGAUUGUACGUUACCAUACAGAAGUAGUGAUACUCUUCCUGAUGUUUUUAUAUACUUGACAGAUAGUGAUGGAAAAUGCGUUUCAUAUGUCAGAGAAAAAGCAAAAAAAUUCAUGAUAGCAUAAGAUAUGAAUCCUAAAAAUUAUUUCAUGGUUCCAGAUAAAUCUAUGACUAAAAUAAGAGCAGAUGAAGCAGGUAUAAUUAAUGCUACUAUAGUGAUUGAAAUUGAAGGAUGCACUAACAAACCAAAUCCUCUUCUUGAACAAGCUAAGAAAAUUAAACCAAAGCAAACUAUGUUACAUUUUAACUUAUUUUAAUGCUAAGACUUAAUUCCAGGAGAUACAAAUGGUACUUCUGAUCCAUUUUGUGAAGUUCACUUUUAUGGAAGUACAAUUAAAUUCCCAACCAAAAAAGAUACAAACAACCCAAUUUGGUACAAGAGUUAGUAGAUUCAAGUUAAUUAAUAUAAUGAAUUUAAUCCUCCUCCUGUUCUGAUUAGAUUUUUCGAUGAAGAUACAGUUUCAAAUGAUUUCCUAGGAUCUGCAUUAAUAGAUAUCUAAGAAGGUAUCAAAUAAGGUUACAUUGGAAAAACUGCAAAGGAUACUAUUUCUCCUAAAUGGGUUGAUCUUAAAUUCAAUAGAAACAGUUAAUGCGGAAGGGCACUAGUUUCAAUGUUUUUCGACGAUACCGUUACAUCUAAACCAUAAAUUUAUGAUUUAAGACCUAAGCUUGAAAAAUACAGAAUUUAAGUUAAAAUUCUUGGUUUGAGAAACUUAAAAUCCUACGGCCCUAUGCCUGUUCGUCGUCCUUACAUAAAAUUUGAUAUUAACAGUUUGAAAGGAAUUGGCGAGUCCAAGAACGCUUCUAAAAACCUCUUUACUGAACCUAAAGGAUUUGGAGCAAACCCUACUAUUUCUACUAUUAUUAAAUUUGAUUGUCUUUUACCAGAAGAUCUUAUUCUUAUGCCAUCAUUAAGUUGCACAGUCUAUGAUAAAAUUCUUUUUGGACUGAUUUAACCUAUUGUUGGAUAGUUUUCUAUCAAUUUAAGAGAAUUUGUUUAAAAAACAAAAGAAAGAUAAGCUCAAAAAUAUAAAAAAACUACUACUUUCUAAGGAGAUACUUCCUCUUCUUUAUAACUAUCUAUGGCUUUAAAAUCUAAACCAGAAUCAACCUAACUUGAUAGCAAAAAUAGUAAAUAAGACAUUACAAUUGAUGAUAAAGCAAAUACCUUGAAGGAAGGCUUACUCUAAGAAGUUAAAGAAUAACAUGAAGAACAACACGAAGAAGAACACUAAGCUGUUAUUGAAAUUGAUAAUUUAAAAUAAGCAGAAUCAUAGUAAGAUGAGCAUAUUUUGAAGAUUGACCCUUACUAAAUUUAUGAUGAAACUAAAAAAAUUAUUAAUAAGGAAGGUUAAAUUGUUAAGGAUUAUACUAUUUUUUGGGCUCAUUAUACAUUCGACAAGGAAAGCGCCGAAAUAGUUGAAAUUAAUCCUCCAGAUCCAGAUUGUUAUUAUGCUCUUUCAUAUGACAAUCGUAUAAACAAAUUAAACUCUAUUCGUAUUAAAGAAACUAAUAAGCCUCUUCCAAGCGAAACUAAUGAAUCAACUGGAUUAGUAAAAGAAGGAGAAGUAGUUAAUUAUGCAACUAACAAUUAAAUCCGUAAACACUAUAGAUACAUUGUUCAUUCACCCUUAGAAGAAAGUAUAUUCAUUGAAAAGAAUGUAUUUGAUGUCAUUGAAGUCAGCUAAUGCAGAAGAUUUAAUGAAAACGAUAUGUAUAAUGAUAUGGUUCUUUCACAUGGCAAUACAAACAUGGCUGGUAAGUUUAAAGGUAUUAUAUCUGUUGUUAAUCACAACGACACCAAGCUUAUGGAUUAAGUUCAAAGUGAUAAACAAGAAGAAAGAGAUAAGGACUUUAUGAGUGAAAAGUAUGUCCUUGUACGUUUAUAUGUCUUAGAAGCAGUUAAUAUUCCCAAUGCAGAUGAGUUAGAUGAGAGUGACCCUUAUCUGAUUGUAAGACUUGGAGAUCAAAAGAUUUCAACAAGAAAGAGAUUUAUUAAAGACAAUUGCAAUCCUAAGUUUUACGAAAUGUUUGAAUUUAAAACCUGCCUUCCAGGAGAUCCCCUUCUUAAAAUCUAAUUAUGGGAUUAUGAUGAGCUUUCUGCCGAUGAUUUCUUAUGUGAAACUGUUAUUGAUUUAGAAGAUAGAUUUUAUAGCAAAAGAUGGAGAAAAUUAGUAAAUCCUCCUAUUGAAACUAGACCUCUCUAUCACUAUUCUAGCAGCAUGUAAAAAGGAGAACUUAGACUCUGGCUAGAAAUUAUACCUGGUACUGAAUAUGAAAGAGUUAAAACUGUGUAUCACAUCCAAAAUAAGCCCACAUAAGAAUUUGAACUUAGAGUUGUUGUUUGGAAUGUUUCUGAUAUUCCUGCAUAAGAUGUAGAAGAUACAAGUGAUCUCUUUGUUGUUGCAAGAGUAGGAAAUUUGUCUAAAUAGACUGAUAUUCAUUUCCGUGCUCAAAGCGGAGAAGGUAACUUUAAUUGGAGAAUGAAGUUCCCAAUUACUCUUCCAACAAAGGAUCCUGCUAUUCAUUUCUAAGUAUUCGAUAAAGAUAUUUUCAGUCCCGAUGAUUUCAUUAGUUCUGUUUCGAUUGAUUUCUAAAAAGAAGCCAUGGCUGCUUUUGAAAAUGAUAGAAGAAUAAAAAUGUAUGGAAAUAAAGAUCUUGAUUCUACAUUAAAAAUGGUUAAUAUUUCUAAAAAAAAAUAUGAUAAAAUAGAAUUCCCAAUGACCAACAUAAAAAAAUCUGACUCAUUUAAGUUGUAAUUCAAGCAGGAAGGAAAGAUUGUUAUCUCAUUUGAAUUAGUACCUAAAUCUGAAGCUGAUCAUGAUCCUGUUGGAAACGGUAGAAGUGAACCAAAUCACAGUCCUCAUUUACCUGCCCCUGCUGGUAGAUUUAAAUGGUCUUGGAAUCCUUACACAAUAUUCUGUUAAAUGGUUGGUCCUAAAAUGAGAGCCAAAGUUUGCUUUUUAUUAUGUGCUGUCCUUUGCUGCUUAAUUUUUGUAAUGACAUUACCUGCAAUUAUUGGUCAAGCAAUCGAAGAUAAAUUAAGUGAAUGA